GUCUUAAUAAGUAUAAGUGAAAUGGUUCAUCCUCUAUCUCUGGUUCUUUUGCUCAUGAUGCCAGCUCAGCUUGCAGCGUACCACUGGUACUGGGAAAAUAGCACGUCUCAUAUAACAACAUCUGACAUUACAGAAUCUGAAUCAAGCACAGCAUCAACUCACACUCUAACAAGUGGUGUCAGGACAGAAGAUAGCCCAAAGUGGGUCUUGGUGUCUAGCAGACCAUCUGGUGGAAUAAUUGAGGGGACUUCAGUGACUCUGACCUGCAGCAGUGAAGCAAACCCAUCUGUGGAGAACUACGCCUGGUUUAAGAGAUCAGGAACUGAAGAUAUACAAAUAGGGAAUGAGCAGAGUUACAGAAUUAAAAAUAUCAGCAUUGCAGACAGUAACAAAUACAAGUGCAGGGCAUCCAACCGGCACGGAUCUGCAUCUUCAGAGUACACAGCCUUUGAUAUUUUAUACUCCCCAAAGAAGACGUCAGUUUCAGUGACCCUGACAUGCAGAGCUGUUGCUAACCCACCUGAAAUGGAAUACACUUGGUUUAAAGAAGGUGAAAGUGAACCUGUGGCAUAUGGGAAGACCUACAGUGUCGCAAAUAUCACUGAAGAUGAUGUUGCUCCAUUGCAAGGUUGCUACUAUUGCAAGGCUGGUAACAGAAUUGGCCAUCACUUUGCACGUCCUGUAUCAGUCACAUACACUGAGGAGAGUCCUAAAGCACAGGUUGCAGCUGCUGCCAUCGGUGGAUUCUGUGGAGGACUCUUUGUCGCCGUUCUCUUCACCGUUCUGUGGAUAAGAAGGAAGAAGUGGACAACAAAUGGAAGUGAACGUGGGACAACAAGUGGAAAUUAUUACGUUACAGGUGAAAGCAGGAGGAAGAAACAGAAGAAGACAUCAGUAAAAGAUGAUUAUGAGAAUUUUAGCCCGGAGAACAAGGACGACACAUACACAGCUCUUAAUCCGAUGACCAAGUCCACAGAUGAUGUGUAUGAUGCUAUAACAGUGUAGGUCCUUAAAGCAGCCUCUUCUGACUCCAACUCAUCAUCAUCAGAACCAUCACAGUGGAUACAAAGAUGGAAGAGGAGGAAAACAAAGAAUGAGAUGUUAAUGCUAAUGCCCAUAAUACAGUGUUUCUUUUAAAGCAUGCAAGUUCCACAAUUACCUGCUAAAGCUUUGCAACAGCCUGUUUGACUUGUGUGGCAAACCAGUGUAUUAGUCAAUUAAGUACAGGGUGGAAAAUACUUCAGUAGCUGUAAUUUGUUAUUAUAUGUUGUGUAGUUUAUUCAAGUAUCACUGAAAUUGAUUGCUUGUGUUUUUUCUGUUAUAUUUCCAAUAUACAUUUACUCCUUAAGUUUUUAUUUAAACUCGAAUGUCCUUAUUACAAAUUUCAAAGGCCAUGAGAUUUUUCAAUGCUCUGUGUAUUCGAAUUUUGAAUUUAAGAGCUGAUAGGGACAAGACAGACGGACUCAUCUGGGUUACUUACAUGCAGCAUGAUCUGUUAAUACCCAGCAUUAAAGUUAAUUUAAUGUUAAGAACAAUAAAUGAAGGAUGAGCAGACUCUACUU